CACAGCAGAGACAGCAUUUAUGGUUCAUCUACUUCGUUCCAUUCUCUGCAGCUUUCUUUCCCCGAUAUCCACGUCCACCACUUCCCGCCGGCGAUUCUCUCCCCCUCCGCCCUCCGCAGUAACAAUGUCGUCCCGCGGCUCCGCCUCUUUGUCCGUCCGCCGCGCUCUCUUCAUCUUCACCUCCGGCUUCAUAUCAUUCGUCCUCUUCUACAGCUUCGUCGCUUCCUUCUCCCUCCGCAUCUUCUCCUUCCCCACCGUCCCCGCGGUUCGCUUCCCUAACUAUUUCUCAUCUUUCUACGAACCUAGCGACGAAGAGAAGCUUGACAUUGUACUGAGAGGUGCGGCCAUGGAAGACAACAAGACAGUAAUUCUGACGACAUUGAAUGAAGCUUGGGCAGCGCCGAACUCUGUGUUCGAGCUCUUCCUUGAGAGCUUCCGCACUGGAUUGCGCACCCGUAGACUGUUGAGCCAUUUGGUCGUCAUAGCGUUGGACGAGAAAGCCUAUCGCCGGUGUAAGGAACUGCACGGCCAUUGCUAUGCUCUGGUGACGGAGGGAGUUGAUUUUCGGCACGAAGCCUAUUUCAUGACUCCAGCCUACUUGAAGAUGAUGUGGAGAAGGAUCGACUUCUUGGGCACUGUGCUUGAAUUGGGUUACAAUUUCGUCUUCACGGACACUGAUAUAAUGUGGUUUAGGGAUCCAUUUCCACGGUUUUAUCCAGAUGCGGACUUUCAGAUUGCUUGUGAUCUCUAUUCAGGGGAUAGUCUUGGUUUAGGAAACAUAGUCAAUGGAGGGUUUAGUUAUGUGAAGGCCAAUAAUCGUUCGAUAGAGUUUUACAAGUUCUGGCACUCGUCACGCAACACUUAUCCUGGCCAUCAUGAUCAGGAUGUGCUGAAUUUUAUCAAGAAAGAUGAGUAUGUAAAGGAUCUUGGGUUGAAGAUGAGAUUCUUGGACACUGCUUAUUUCGGCGGACUUUGUGAGCCGAGCAAAGAUUUUAACUUAGUUUGCACAAUGCAUGUGAACUGUUGUUUGGGUUUGGAUAACAAGCUGAAUGAUCUUAAAGUGAUGCUUGCGGACUGGAGGAACUUCUUGAGCUUACCACCAAAGCUGAAAAGAGAACUACGGAUCUCAUGGAGGGUUCCCCAGAACUGCAGUAUUGAUGCUGUCCUUGCGCAUGAUUCUCUACGAAAACGUGUUCAAGAAGAUGAAGGGGAAGAAUAACAGCGUUCAAGGAAGCAUCGGUGAAGUCUCUUGUGAAAGCAAACCCAGAAGGUAAGCUUCUGCCCUGCAUAGGUGAAAUGCCACUAGAAAGUUGGUGAUUGAAUGUAACUGUCUGAAGGGUGAAUAACCCCUGAAGUAUUAUUGUAUGUUUAAUCCUCCUAAAGCAGAUAUUCCUUGUUUCUAGUUAGUUCUAGGUGUCCUUCUCCUAUAUCGCUUAACAUCCAUUAUGUAACUAGGGAUGUAAACUGUUAACUGCUACUGCUUCCUGCAUUUAUGAAACUUUAUAGGCAAGACUUUUACUUCGUUGAUGGGAAAUUAUUGAGUUUUGCAUCUGACCAUUCCUUUCAAAGAAAGUUUUUUGUUGGGCUGGUGGAUGAAAUUUUGGGUCCAUCAGUCAAGCAAAAGCAGAGAAUUUCCCCAUGCAGAUUGUGCUACUAAUCUUGCUGGGAUUCCAUCCUUCUUUAGGGCUUUGAUCUCGCCUACUCCAUAAUAAGUGAGAAAUUGUAGUUUUUUCACAGUUCAUUGGGAAUAAAUGCAUGAACACCCCACGUCAAUGACUUUGAGCAAUGAUAUUGAGAACUGGUUUGUGGUUCUAAUAGUUUUUCCCUUGCAUGGCUGCCUCAGAAAGUCCCAGCUAACUAUGACAAAUUGUGCGUCAGUAACAAUACAGUGGUUGAACAUGAAGCAACCACCCCAUCUACAGUAGUUGCUUCAAUAAAAAGUGGAGAUAAUAGCAGGUUAUAUUCGAGCUGCAAUUGGCUUCUUCAUUACAGUCUCAUAAGCACUGGAACUCCAUGGCAUAGAAUCUACCAAAUUUGGAAGAUGGGUGCUGCUAAACAGGUGCAACUGGCAGCGGAGCUAGAAAGUCUACAGGCUGCAGCAACAACAAACAGUUCAACAGCAAAAGCUUAUCAUUCUUCCAGUCCAUUCAGCUAACUACAUUCUCCGAGAACUAAGGAGCGUUCAAGCCUUGGAUGGGGAAGGGAAAGCAGUUUUGGGGAAGAGCUUUUGACAUUUGUCACUAACUUAUGCAUGUAAUUUUUCCUUCCAGUGUAAACUUGUGUAUGUGUGUCUGAACUUUCAGUAUAGAUUAUGUUAUUUUUUUGUCACUUUAGAUAUAGAAAACACCCAGUUUAAUGUACGAAUUUAUCAUGGACUAAGGCAAGAGUUCCAGUGAUAGUUGAGGUGUAAGAAUGAUCUGAGCUUAGUGCAGCUUAAAAUACAUCAAAAUCUUCAAUGGAAUCUAUCGACCAUCAAUCACAUUCAGAAGUAUACCGUACCUCUAAAGCAAAUUGGUGUUGAGACUCAUCAUUCUUGUGGAAUACCGAUACAAGAUGCAACAAAGUUUUGUAGAGUAUUUGCUACAGGCAUAAAUCGUAUUGCGAUAU